AUGACUACGAAUAAGCAAGAAAGUAGCAAUGUAUAUACAGUAGUAUCAUCAACAGAUACUAUUCAUGAAAUAAAAAAUCGUUCACAUCGUUUCUUACCAUUGGAUCCGUAUCAAUUUUCAAUACCAAAUGAAGAAGAUGAAGCUGAUUUGGAGGAAACAAUAGAUGUUGAAAACGAAUCACCAUUACCACCAAUUAGACAAUCAUUAAGUUUAUCUACAGAAAUAAAAACAAAACCUAUAAAAAAAUAUUCAUCACGUUUAUACAAAUUUCUUCAAUUAGAACAAGCUCUUAAAUCUGCGCAUUUUUUUAAAAAUAAACAUGAUCAAAUUAAAUUUGAACAUGAAUAUCGUGAAUCUUUACAUGAAAAUAAAUUUGAAAUAUUUUUACAAACCUAUUACAAAAAACUUCAAAUUUAUAAAGAUACAAUUGAACAAGAAUCGAAUAUGAAAACAUCACGAACAUUUACUUUUGUUGAUUUAGAAAAAAAUUUUCUUGCACUUGAUCCAGCACGUGAUAUUAAAAUUGAAUUUAUCAAUCGUCCAACUACAUCAUCAACACCAGAUAUUAAGAAUACUCAUUCGGAUAAUUCAAUCUAUCGAAAUUCUACAGCAUCAAUUCAUGAUGAAGAUGCUGCUGUUGAAGCAUUUUAUGAAAAACGAUUUCAUCGUCUUCUUCGAGAUCCAUCACGUGCACGAGAUGAAAUAACAUUAUUUGCUCGUCAAGCUGGUGAACAUCUUCAUCAACGUUUUCCAUGUUUAUCUCAUGUACCAUAUCGAGUUAAAGUUAUUGAUGAACGUGAAAAAGAAGGACAUCUAGAUGAACGUACAUUAUUACAAAUGAAACAUAAACAUAAUUUAUUUGUAAUAGAAAAACGUCGACAAUUAAUUAUGAAAAUGAUGAUACAAGCAAAAAGAAAUCAAAAUAAAAUAAAACAAUUAGAUAGACGAACACCAUUAACAAUGGACAAUUUAACUUAUUGUCAAGAAUUACUUGAAAAAAUUAAUCAUAUCGAAGAAAUACUUAAACAAGAACAAAUAAAACAUCCUCGAAUCGAUUAUAUACCACGAAAUAUGACUAGUUAUUCACUAUCUCAAACAACAACAACAACAAUUCCAAGAACAACAUCUUCAUUAACAUCACAAUCAACUCCUUAUCAAGAUGCUUUUUCUAUAAAUCAAGUAGAAAAAACAGCGAAUGUUCAUGUUAUUCAACCUACACGAUGUUUAACAGCACCAGUAAAAAAAUUGAACUGGAUUAACUAUUGUUAA